AUGUCUGGCGUUAGCCGCGCUAAGGGCAAGGAGAGGAUCGGCCAUAUCGCUGUAUGGUGCCCUAGGCGGAAGCCUCUCAGCCCUACGAAGGCUAAGAAGGUCAAAAAGGUUAAGAAGGACCUUAAGCCUGAAGGAAGCACAUACUCAGAGAUCGCUGGACCCCUAAUAGCUCUUACAAAGAAGGGUGUCCUCUUCUGCUGGGGUAAAGAACAAGAAGCAGCAUUCCAGGAGCUUAAGAGGAUCUUUGCAGCUAAGCCUGUUCUACACCAACUCAACCCUAAGCGUACAACCUACGUUGAGGCUGACUGCUCAGGCUUCGCCCUUAGAGGAGUACUGUCAUAA